GGCCGGACCGGGCCAGACAGAUUUCCUGCUCUCCUGUAAUACUGAGGGCUGCGGGCUACAGGCUACGGGCUACGGGCUACGGACUGCGGGCUGCGGGCUUCGGGAGAAGUCACCGGCGGCGCAGGUACCUCACUGCCUACGCGCGUCCCCACGACCCUCCCUCGCGCCGGCGGGGACAGCGGACGCCCCGGAGCAGAGCGCGGCGGGCGGGCGCCCGGGAGAUGCGGAGUCGCCGCGGCGGAGCGAUCGGCGCGACAGCACCGGUCCCUGGGAGACUAUAGCCCUCAUUUUCCCUUGGUGCACCAUGGAGCCCUUCUGUCCACUCCUGCUGGCAAGUUUUAGCUUGUCGCUUGCCAGAGCUGGCCAGGGCAACGACACCACCCCAACAGAGAGCAACUGGACCAGCACAACUGCAGGCCCUCCAGACCCUGGUGCGUCCCAGCCGCUGCUCACCUGGCUGCUGCUGCCUCUGCUCCUCCUCCUGUUCCUGCUUGCAGCCUACUUCUUCAGGUUCCGGAAGCAGAGGAAGGCGGUGGUCAGCAGCAACGACAAGAAGAUGCCUAACGGGAUCUUAGAAGAGCAAGAGCAGCAGAGGGUGAUGCUGCUGAGCAGAUCUCCAUCAGGUCCCAAGAAGUACUUCCCCAUCCCCGUGGAGCACCUGGAGGAGGAGAUCCGGGUGAGAUCUGCGGAUGACUGCAAGCGCUUCCGAGAGGAGUUCAAUUCAUUGCCAUCUGGACACAUACAAGGAACCUUUGAACUAGCAAAUAAAGAAGAAAACAGAGAGAAAAACAGAUAUCCCAACAUUCUGCCCAAUGAUCAUUGCAGAGUGAUUUUGAGCCAAGUGGAUGGAAUCCCCUGCUCUGACUACAUUAAUGCUUCCUACAUAGAUGGCUACAAAGAAAAGAACAAAUUCAUAGCAGCUCAAGGCCCUAAGCAGGAGACCGUGAAUGACUUCUGGAGGAUGGUCUGGGAGCAAAGGUCAGCCACCAUCGUCAUGUUGACCAACCUGAAGGAGAGGAAGGAGGAGAAGUGCUACCAGUACUGGCCAGACCAGGGCUGUUGGACCUAUGGCAACAUCCGGGUGUGUGUAGAGGACUGCGUGGUCCUGGUGGAUUACACCAUCCGAAAGUUCUGCAUCCAUCCGCAACUCCCGGACAGCUGCAAAGCCCCACGGCUGGUCUCACAGCUUCACUUCACCAGCUGGCCUGACUUCGGGGUGCCCUUUACCCCCAUCGGCAUGCUGAAGUUCCUGAAGAAAGUGAAGACUCUCAACCCCUCACAUGCUGGGCCCAUUGUGGUUCACUGUAGCGCGGGCGUGGGUCGGACUGGCACCUUCAUUGUGAUCGAUGCCAUGAUGGACAUGAUUCACUCGGAACAGAAGGUUGACGUCUUUGAGUUUGUGUCUAGAAUCCGCAAUCAGCGCCCUCAGAUGGUCCAGACGGAUGUUCAGUAUACAUUCAUCUACCAAGCCUUACUGGAAUACUACCUCUAUGGAGACACAGAGCUGGAUGUGUCCUCCCUGGAGAGGCACCUGCAGACGCUCCAUAGCACAGCCACCCAUUUUGACAAGAUUGGGUUGGAGGAAGAAUUCAGGAAACUGACCAACGUGCGGAUCAUGAAGGAGAACAUGAGGACGGGCAACCUGCCUGCCAACAUGAAGAAGGCCCGUGUCAUCCAGAUCAUCCCAUAUGACUUCAAUCGGGUCAUCCUGUCCAUGAAAAGAGGGCAAGAGUUCACAGACUAUAUCAACGCAUCCUUCAUAGAUGGCUACAGGCAGAAGGACUACUUCAUGGCCACACAAGGGCCUCUGGCUCACACAGUUGAGGACUUCUGGAGGAUGGUAUGGGAGUGGAAGUCACACACAAUCGUCAUGCUGACAGAGGUGCAGGAGCGGGAGCAGGAUAAAUGCUACCAGUAUUGGCCAACAGAGGGCUCAGUGACUCAUGGAGAUAUAACUAUAGAGAUAAAGAGUGACACCCUGUCUGAAGCAAUCAGCAUACGAGACUUUCUGGUUACUUUCAAACAGCCCCUGGCCCGCCAGGAAGAGCAGGUCCGCAUGGUGAGACAAUUCCAUUUCCAUGGCUGGCCUGAGGUUGGAAUCCCCGCUGAGGGCAAAGGCAUGAUUGACCUGAUUGCAGCAGUGCAGAAGCAGCAGCAGCAGACAGGCAACCACCCCAUCACCGUGCACUGCAGCGCGGGAGCAGGGCGGACAGGUACAUUCAUAGCACUCAGUAACAUUUUGGAACGAGUGAAAGCCGAGGGACUCCUAGACGUGUUUCAAGCUGUGAAGAGCUUAAGACUUCAGAGACCACACAUGGUGCAAACCCUGGAGCAAUAUGAAUUCUGCUACAAAGUGGUACAAGAUUUUAUCGAUAUAUUUUCAGAUUAUGCUAAUUUCAAAUGAAGAUUCCUGCCUUAAAAUAUUUUUUAAUUUAAUGGUCAGUAUAUUUUGUAAAAAAAAAAAAAAAGAGAUCAUGUUAAUUUAUUUCCUAGUGGAUAUUAAUAUCCUUCCUAAUUCCUUUGUAUAUAUUUUGUUAUGUUCUAAAGGCUACCUGCUGUAAGGUUAUUAAAUUGUAAAUGUCCUUUUUAAAAAUUGGAAUAACAUGUUAAGGUCAAAUACUAUCUGGAAAGAUAUAUAUUUCUGCUAACAUCAGUCAGUAUCUUAGUUCUAUUAGAUUCAUGUUAUGUGGUGUCCCACAUCAGGUGUCACAUGGUGUCACACAUCAUGCAUCUGUAAAUGUAGUUCUUAACAUGUCAAAUGUGUUUGUGAAAAGACACUAACCCCUGAAACCCCUUGUGGAGAAACCAGCAGAGGACUCCGAGUCAGAUCAAAUUUACUCUCCCCGCCAACUGUGGCACCCAGGGCAUCGGAAUGUGGCAAACAGUGUACAUGGGGGCUUUGGUAAAAUCCUGGGUCUCAGCCAUGUGGUCCAUCCUUACAUUUGAAAGAUCAGAGUGGGGCCAAACAUGGCAGUGCAUCACUGUACUGCUAGCAAUUGAGGGGCUGAGGCAAAAGGAUUUGGUUCAGGCCAGGCCAGGCCAGCUUGGGCUAUAGUGAGAUUCUGUAAAACAACAAACAAACAAACAAACAAAAGCCCAGAGGGUUUUGUAACCUAAAUCCAGGUCUCAGAUGUACAAGGGUAGACGGUGGUGACUCUCCUAUGAGUUUUAAAAGGCAUUUAUUUAUGAGAGGCUGUGUAGUGCCACUGCAGACUUGACAAGGACUUGUGUUGUACCAGGCCAUCUAUUCUCACAGUAUCUUCCAAACUAGCCAUCCGAGCUGUGUUCCUGGAACCACUUGCUGUCUGUCUGCCUGUGCGCCUGGCUCAGAAUCCACCCAAGCUCAUUCCCAAUGGCCUGCCCACUGGCACAGCUGCCUGUACUGACCCUAAUUGGGUCUACAGGCUCAAUCCUCCCUCCCACAUUGAAAUGAAUUGUCUUACACUUACACACACACGCACACGCACACGCACACACACACACAUAUACACACACACGGGCACAAACGGUAAAAUGGCCACAAACUGUUGCACUGUCAAUUUGCUGACCACCAUUUUGGUGUCAUAUUUUCUUUGUAAAAAGUUAAGAUGGUUUGUAAGAAAAGAAUUCU